AUGUCCUCUGGCGGCGGCUCCCUGGGCCUCCUGGCCUGGCUCCUGCUCCUUCAGCCCUGGACCUGGCAGUAUCGGGAGGGCAGGGCGGCGCCACGCCUUCCCUCCGCUCUCCUCUCAGAGGAGGGCCGCGAGAACCCCAAAGCGAGCCCUGCCUCGGGACCUGCGGCGGGCCCCCCACCCAAUCUGUUUACGUCCUUCCCAGGUGACUCACUGCUGUGUGGCCGAACCCCUCUGAGAAUCGUGGGAGGAGUGGACGCGGAGGAAGGGAGGUGGCCCUGGCAGGUGAGCGUGAGGGCCAAAGGCAGGCACAUCUGCGGCGGCACCCUGGUCACCACCACGUGGGUGCUGACGGCAGGCCACUGCAUUUCCAGCCGCCUCCGUUACUGGGUCAAGAUGGGAGAUCGGAGUGUCUAUAAUCAAAACACAAGUGUGGUGGUCCCUGUCCGAAGAGCUUUUGUCCACCCUAAGUUCUCAACAGUUACAACCAUUCGAAAUGACCUUGCCCUUCUCCAGCUCCAUCAUCCUGUGAAUUUUACCUCAAACAUCCAGCCUAUCUGCAUCCCUCAGGAGAAUUUCCAGGUGGAAGCUAGGACCAGGUGCUGGGUGACCGGAUGGGGCAAAACACAAGAAGGCGAGAAACUUACAUCAGAAAUUCUCCAGGAGGUGGACCAAUACAUCAUGCGCUAUGAGGAAUGUAAUAAGAUAAUAAAAAAGGCCUUGUCAUCUACUAAGGAUGUAAUAAAAAAAGGGAUGGUCUGUGGCUAUAAAGGACAAGGAAAGGAUUCUUGCCAGGGAGAUUCUGGGGGUCCCUUGGCCUGUGAAUAUGAUGACACAUGGGUCCAGGUAGGGAUUGUGAGCUGGGGCAUUGGCUGUGGUCGCCACGGAUUGCCUGGAAUUUAUACAGAAAUUGGUGUCUACAGUAAGUGGCUGAUGGCAGUGGUGGAUCAGGCUACCUGUUCGUAUCCAGCAGUGUUCCUCAUUUUACUCCUGCAUCUGCUGCUGCCCCUGGGCAUCCUGGUGGCCCUGUGA